GUAAGAGAAAGAGAGCGAGAGGAGUUGGUCCUCCGAUGUCGAGGACCGGACUCCGCCGAUGCAUUUACAUAUCGGACAUGUAAUAACCUCGAAAAAGUAUUAACAAUGGCCAAAGGUUCGUCUCGUCUCGAAGCAAGAAACGACGAAGAAGAAGAAAGAGGAAGAAACGAUGGAGAAAGAGGGGGAGGAGAAGGAUGGAGAACGAUCGAAGUUGCGUUUAACGAACUCUGUGACUUCGAACGACGACGUGGACAGUCGAAAUUCCAUAGCAAAAAGUUGACGGGACGCCCUUUCAAUAAUCGUAGGCGAGACGCAUUGAAUCAAAACGAAAGAGAUGCUUUACCCGAGAACAUUUUGGAUAUCUUGAAACAGGCUAUAUCUCACGCAGAGUCCGAAAAUUUUGAUGAAUCUUUUCGUUUAUUUGAGGAAGCUUUGAAGAAAGCACCUUCUUCCCCAUCCAUUUUGAAUGAUAGAGCUCAAGCAUUUCGUUUGGCUGGUCGUGAUAAUGAAGCAUUAGAGGAUCUGCAUAUGGCAGUUAAACUUAGCCAAGGAAAAGGAAAAGCAGGCAUUCAGGCGCUUUGCCAACGUGGAAUAUUGUAUCGUUACAUGAAGGAGGAUCAAAAAGCUAAAGAAGAUUUUACGCUGGCAGCCAAAGCUGGUUCGAGCUUUGCCAAAUCACAGCUCGUUUCUCUAAAUCCUUAUGCAGCUAUGUGUAAUGCUAUGUUACGUGAAAUUAUUCUGAAAUCCACUCGUCAUUGACGAUAUCGUCGCUAAUUCUGGUAACAGAAGGAUCAGAUCUGUGAAAAUGACAUGUUAAAUGAGAAAUGAUAUAUUAAAUUAUACAAAAGUUUUAAAUGAAA